GGUCACAACCAGCUCCCACCUCAGCCUCCCGCAGCGAGACCUCCCGGCCUCACCUGAGCGAGGGAAUGGCAGCAUCUCUGCUCCCGCCCAGGGUCCUGCGGCCCCUCCUCGCAGCACCCAACACAGGGAGCCCACCUGGACCUGGGCUGGUCUCCCUGUCCCGCAGCUUCCUUCCCAGCCGCCGUCCGCGGCUCUCCGCGUGCGGCCACACCUCCCGGUGCCCCGCAAGGGUUAAGACAGCAGAGAUGAGAGGUUUGGGCUGACGUCGCUCUGGCUGAAGGUGGUUCCCCUCUGCUGAGGAUGAGAGAGCCUGGCGAGCUGAAACCCGAGCUCCGGUUCAGCUGGGGCUCGGGGAGGUCCCUGUAAGAGCCGCCUGCCCCCGGGCCUCCCUGGGUCCCUCCUAUCCCUCCCCAGCAGACGCUCGGGCACCAGCCGCGGCAAGGAUGGAGCUGGGCUGCUGGACGCAAUUGGGGCUCACUUUUCUGCAGCUCCUUGUCAUCUCGUCCUUGCCAAGAGAGUACACAGUCAUUAAUGAAGCCUGCCCUGGAGCUGAGUGGAAUAUCAUGUGUCGGGAGUGUUGUGAAUAUGAUCAGAUUGAGUGUGUCUGCCCUGGAAAGAAGGAAGUCGUGGGUUAUACCAUCCCUUGCUGCAGGAAUGAGGAGAAUGAGUGUGAUUCCUGCCUGAUACACCCAGGUUGUACCAUCUUUGAAAAUUGCAAGAGCUGCCGAAAUGGCUCAUGGGGGGGUACCCUGGAUGACUUCUAUGUGAAGGGGUUCUACUGUGCAGAGUGCCGAGCAGGCUGGUACGGAGGAGACUGCAUGCGAUGCGGCCAGGUUCUGCGAGCCCCAAAGGGUCAGAUUUUGUUGGAAAGCUAUCCCCUAAAUGCUCACUGUGAAUGGACCAUUCAUGCUAAACCUGGGUUUAUCAUCCAACUAAGGUUCGUCAUGUUGAGCCUAGAGUUUGACUACAUGUGCCAGUAUGACUAUGUUGAGGUUCGUGAUGGAGACAACCGUGACGGCCAGAUCAUCAAGCGUGUCUGUGGCAACGAACGGCCGGCUCCUGUCCAGAGCACGGGAUCCUCACUCCACGUCCUCUUCCAUUCCGAUGGCUCCAAGAAUUUCGAUGGCUUCCAUGCCAUUUUUGAGGAGAUCACAGCAUGCUCCUCAUCCCCUUGUUUCCAUGACGGCACAUGUGUCCUUGACAAGGCUGGAUCUUACAAGUGUGCCUGCUUGGCAGGCUAUACUGGGCAGCACUGUGAAAAUCUACUUGAAGAAAGCAACUGCUCAGAUCCUGGGGUUCCAGUCAAUGGGUACAGGAAAAUAACAGGAGGCCCCGGACUUAUCAAUGGACACUCUGCUAAAAUCGGUACCAUCAUGUCCUUCUUUUGUAACAACUCCUAUGUGCUUAGUGGCAAUGAGAAAAGAACUUGUCAGCAGAAUGGAGAGUGGUCAGGGAAACAGCCCAUCUGCAUAAAAGCCUGCCGAGAACCAAAGAUUUCAGACUUGGUGAGAAGGAGAGUUCUUCCAAUGCAGGUGCAGUCAAGGGAGACACCACUACAUCAGCUAUAUUCAGCGGCCUUCAGCAAGCAGAAACUGCAGAGCGCCCCUACCAAGAAGCCAGCCCUUCCCUUUGGCGAUCUGCCCACGGGAUACCAACAUCUGCACACCCAGCUCCAGUAUGAGUGCAUCUCACCCUUCUACCGCCGCCUGGGCAGCAGCCGGAGGACAUGUCUGAGGACUGGGAAGUGGAGUGGGCGGGCACCAUCCUGCAUCCCUAUCUGCGGGAAAAUUGAGAAUGUUACUGCUCUGAAGACCCAAGGUUUGCGCUGGCCGUGGCAGGCGGCCAUCUAUAGGAGGACCAGCGGGGUGCAUGAUGGCGGCCUACACAAGGGAGCAUGGUUCCUGAUCUGCAGCGGUGCCCUGGUGAAUGAACGCACUGUGGUCGUGGCUGCCCACUGUGUUACCGACCUGGGGAAGGUCGCCAUGAUCAAGACAGCAGACCUGAAAGUUGUUUUGGGGAAAUUCUACCGGGACGAUGACCGGGAUGAGAAGACCAUCCAGAGCCUGCGGAUUUCUGCUAUUAUUCUGCAUCCCAACUACGAUCCUAUCCUGCUUGACACUGACAUCGCCAUCCUGAAGCUCCUAGACAAAGCCCGCAUCAGCACCCGAGUUCAGCCCAUCUGCCUCGCUGCCAGUCGGGACCUCAGUACUUCCUUCCAGGAGUCCCACAUCACUGUGGCUGGCUGGAAUGUCUUGGCAGACGUGAGGAGCCCUGGCUUCAAGAAUGACACACUGCGCUCCGGGGUGGUCAGCGUGGUGGACUCGCUGCUGUGUGAGGAGCAGCAUGAGGACCAUGGCAUCCCAGUGAGUGUCACCGAUAACAUGUUCUGUGCCAGACAGGACCCCACUGCCCCUUCUGAUAUCUGCACUGCAGAGACAGGAGGCAUUGCAGCUGUGUCCUUUCCAGGACAAGCAUCCCUUGAGCCACGUUGGCAUCUGGUGGGACUUGUCAGCUGGAGCUAUGAUAAAACAUGCAGCCACAUCCUCUCCACUGCCUUCACCAAGGUGCUACUUUUUAAAGACUGGAUUGAAAGAAACAUGAAAUGAACCAGGCUCACACCCUCCUUGAGAAGCGUUUCUGUGCAUCCAUCUGUACAUGUGUUGUUGUCUGAAGCAGUGGCGACCUGAAGUGUGAUUUUGCCUGUGAACUUGGCUGUGCCAGGGCUUCUGACUUCAGGGACAAAACUCAGUGAAGGGUGAGUAGACCUCCACUGCUCAUAGGCUGAUGCCUCCUCCACUACUAGGACAGACAAUUGGAAGAUGCCAGGGCUUGCAAGAACUAAGUUUCUUCAAAGAAGACCAUAUUAGAAAACCUCUCCACUCUAUUGACCUGGUGGCCUUCCCCACCUUUCAGUGACAUGAAUGCCAUCAGCUUGACUAGGGAAGAUCUGGGCUUCAUGAGACCCAUUUAGAGGCUCUCAAGUUCAAGAGAGCUGCCUGUGGCACAGCCCAGGGCAGCAGAGCCUGGAUGUGGUACCUGCUUUUGUGUACAUGGCCGCAGUACAGUCUGGUCCUUUUCCUUCCCCAUCUCUUGUACACAUUUUAAUAAAACAAGGGUUGGCUUCUGACCUACAAAA